CAUUUUCUCCAAUGAAACGCAAAAAGGUUAAAUUAUUGUCCGAUUAUUUUGCAUUUAUAUUGAGGUGAAAUGGAUUUCUAGUUUGCGCGCAAGCUACAACAAUGCACCAAGGUGCCCAAAACACACAAAAAGUUAUGAAAAUGUAUUACAAAAACGUUGCCACCAUGGCGCCCAUACAACAACAACCAGCGAUCACCACAUUCUUAGGACCGGAUUUCAUAUUUUCAAAAACCAGCAUAUCCGAUUUUGACUUAAAUCUUUCUUUUGACUAUGACAACAUCUUCAACUUCGACAUUUCAAAUGGUCAUGGAUUGUCUGGAUUUGCCAACGGAGCUCUACUGGGACGGCAAAAUGGAGCCAUCAUCCCCGCCGUCCACAGUGGCCAGCGAUCUAUUUUCGCUUAACGAAACAUCAGUAGCGAAUUGGCUCUUUGACGAUAACUUUGCAAAUGAUAUAACACAUAUGAGCGAAGAUGUAGCUUUGGAUCUGAAACAUACAACCCCACUGGGAGUGCUAAGUAGCCAACAUUUCGAAGUGGAGUUCUUAGAUUUUAACGAUGAAGAGUGCUUGCUGGACCAAAAGUUGCCGCAGUACAUCGACUAUGAAUCUAACAAUCUGCAGACAGUCAUCGAUGUUGUGGGGCAGCCCAUCUUACCCAUAACCAAAGUACAAGCAGCUUCGCCAAUCGAGCUAUACCCGGGUCAGUACGAGGCGGCGGCUGAGCUUGCGCAGCUAACGCCCCCCCAGUCGCCGCCGCAGUGCAGUGGCAGUUAUCAGCAGCCUUUGAGGGGGGACCAGAUACCGCUGAUCUACGACCGUGAUUCUACAGCUAUACCAACAGCAAUACCAGUAGUAGCCGCCAACAACUACAACUUCAAUAGCUGGCCAAAUAAUCAGGCGACCAAUGUCAGCCCCUCCAAUGAAAUUGAGCGUGAAUCACAGCUGGUCGACGAGAUUGUGAAAAUUCGUGCCCAGGAACUGCAGUUACCCAAUUGGCAGCAGGAGGACUACAACGAUGACUGCGAAUCCCAAUUGUCGUCGGACGCUUCGAUUAGCUUUGGUGACAGCAGCAGCAUCACGGAUGAGGAUUGGCAGCCCGAGAGCAGCGGCUCCUCACCUUGCUACUCCAGCGGUCAUUUACACCAACAAACAUCGGAGUCAGCACCGGCCUCGCCAGUCGCCAGCAGCAGCAGCAGCAGCAGCAGCAUAACAUCCAGCACAGCCACUAAGAAGCGUACACGCACCUAUGGCCGCGGAGUGGAGGAUCGCAAAAUAAGAAAAAAAGAGCAGAACAAAAAUGCCGCCACACGCUAUCGCCAGAAAAAGAAGCUCGAGAUGGAGCAUGUGCUCAGUGAGGAGCAGGAGCUGGUCCAGCAGAAUACGAAACUCAUGCGGAAAUUGAGCGAAGGAAAGCGCGAGUUGAAAUAUUUACGCCAGCUCAUACGCGAAUUCCAUAAAGAUCAAAAGCAAUAAAUAGUCCACUCGAAAGACGGCCAUCGUUCUACUCUACCACAGAUUCGUUCUCUCUAUAACAUUUAAGCAAAUUUGCAAAGUUAUUGUCACGCUGUAAUAUCCACACAAAGAUUUCUUUCCCCCUCCUUACACCGCAUCAACAAAAUUGUUCAUUAUUUCUACCAAGCGUGCAUAAAUGCAAUUAUCCAAUCAAGAAAACAAUAACAAACAGCAGCCUGUCGUCGCCAACACCUCUGGCCCAUAUGACAAGUCAUCUGAGUAAGACUUCGAAGUUCUCUUUUGCCGGUGUUCGCUUUCGACACACCCCCAUCUUAAAGCUGCACAGGCCAACGUGCUCAGAUCCUUUGUGGCCUGGCACAACAAUUUGUUAAUGAAAAACAUAAAACCCUUUUUGUCAUACGAACAUGAAAAUAAAACCCUGUGCUGCGGUUGCUGUGUAUUGAUUGCAUAUUGCACGCAUUUUAAAUAA